AUGCUCUCUCCACAAACAAAAGGACUUCGUGUCUUACUAUUAGAUCCGAUACCACUCGAAGCAAAGGUCAUCUUUCAGGAAAACUCGUACGAAAUAGACGAGUCUUUCGAGCCAAUGUCUGAAGGAGCUCUCAGCAAAAAAUUGUCUGAUUAUCAUAUUGUCUGUAUUGGUCAAGACCGAGAAGAAGAAUAUCUGACGGAUGAGGUCUUGAAGAGCGCCCAUCGCUUGCUGUGUAUCGGAAACACGAAUAGAACGGGAGCAACCACUCAAAUCGACCUACAGGCAGCUCAAACAGGAGGCAUCCCCGUCUUUGUGGCUCCCUACCAACAUCAAAAGUCCAUGGCAGAAUACAUCAUAUCCGCCAUAGUGUUGCUCUCUCGACAGUUACUAGACCGUUCUUCAGAAGUCCAUCAGCAGGUCUGGAACAAGGUCUCUGCCGAUUGUUUUGAAGUACGAGGGAAGACGCUGGGCAUAAUUGGAUACGGGCAUGUGGGCAGUCAAGUUGGGGUCAUGGCGGAAGCUCUGUCUUUACGCGUAAUUUUCUAUGACGCCGAUGCAGUGAUGCCAAUUGGUUCAGCAAAACCUGUUCCAACUAUCAAGGAUCUUCUUGAAAACAGCAAUUAUGUCGUUUUGGGUGUAUCCGAAGGACCGCAUAAUGUGAAAAUGAUUGGAAAAGAACAGCUGGCUUGGAUGAAGAAGGGUUCCUACUUGAUCAACACGUCAUAUGGAGAAGCUGUGGACGUUGAAGCCCUGGCUGAUGGUCUCAAGUCAGGUCAUUUGGGUGGUGCUGCACUAGACAGCUUCCCAUCGCAGCCUAAAAAUGCAAAGGCUGCCUUCAAAAAUCCAUUUGAUGGUCUGAAAAAUGUCAUUCUUACGCCAUCAAUUGGAGACUCUACUGUGGAAGCAAAGUUAAGGAUUGGAAUAGAAGUCGCAAACAGUAUUGUUAGGUAUAUCAAAGAUGGAAGCACAUUUGGAUCAGUCAAUUUCCCAUCUGUUAUUGCAUGGCCCAUCAAAUCUGGCCAACGACGAAUCUUGAACAUGCAUCGCAAUGUUCGAGGUGUAUUACGUGAGAUUGAUGGAAUUCUGUCUUCCUACAAUGUCCAGAAACAAGUUUUGGAUACUCAGAAUGGAUUGGGAUAUUUGAUUGCAGACGUUGCUACUGAGAAUGUUGCCACAGAAAUAGUCGCCAACUUGGCCAUGUUGAGCUCCACUAUUCGUAUUCGCAUUUUGUGA